AUGAGAUUCACCAAAUUGCCAAAUUGCCAAAUACCAAAGUUCAACAUAUUCAAACGAUCCACUAUCAACCGUAACCGUUUGCCAUCGAAGAAGCUGUCAUGCCCAUGCUCAUUCACAUGUAUUUACACUUGUGUUCGUUCAUUUUCCCCCGCAAACACACAGAUACCGUACAUCGAGAUCGAGUUCCGCGAUGCGCCGAAGAAGCGCAUCAAGCGCAACCUCUCGCUCAACUGUGACGAGAAUGCGAACGAGACGCGCUGCUGCCGGUACCCGCUGACGGUGGACUUUGAGAAGUUUGGCUGGGAUUGGAUCAUCGCGCCGAAGCGCUACGAAGCGUGGUACUGUGCCGGUGAGUGCAUGAUCAGCUUCCUGCCCAAGUACGAGCACACGCACGUGAUGCAGCUCAGCACCUCGGCCAUACCGUGCUGCUCGCCGAAGAAGAUGAACUCGAUCCGGCUGCUGUACUUUGACAUGAGCUACAACGUGAUCUACAGCACCAUACCGAACAUGGUGGUGGAAAAGUGCAGUUGUUCCUGAGUUCUUCGGUGCUUACAAGCGAGACCCGGAAAUUGGACGCGAAAGAAGGUGAACAUGAUGUGACAAGAGUAUGCAUUGGUAGGCAAAAGGACAAAUCAUGAACAGGAUUACAGAAAUGGGCAGAAAUUGGCAGAAAAGAUGAAAGAAGUAAGUAACAAAUAAUGCUGGGGGCUAAAAUAAUUAGUGUAAAGUACAACAAAAUAACGACACAAAACAACAAGAAAAAAAAAACAUAAAUAGAAAACAACAGUAAUCAACAAACAAACGAAUCAAAAACGAUAAAAACAUACACAACACACAACACAAAACAAAAGAAAUAGACAAUAACAGCACAAUUCAAACGGAGAUAGAGUAAGAAACAACAAAAUUGACGAAAAAAAAAAUCAAAACAUUGCUACUAAAAAUUCGCUUAAAAAGGAAGAUGGUAGAGAAAACAGGAAACGUUUUGUUUUUGUCUUUCAAAUCUACUUCUACAACGAGUCUGAGAAAGGUCGGCAACAUUUUGGAGCUUAACUAAAAAUUAGUCUAGAUCGACUUAGCCAGUUAGUAAGGGUAGCGAAAUUAUAAAACACAUUAUCACAUAGGCAUCACUAAAUUUUAGGCAA